AUGGUUUCAGUAGCAGAAGGGGCUUCUCCUGAUAUGACUUUAGAAUUUUAUCGUAAAGCCUUAAAUUUCAAUGUUAUAGGAAGAUACGAUUCCAAGAUUAAGCAACUUCUAUUCCACACACCGCAUGCCUCAGUAUAUAAAUGGGAUUUUGGAAAAGACGAAUGGGUGCGGUUAGAAUACCAAGGAGUCUUGGCUAUUUAUCUCAGAGAUCUGACGCAGGGAGACGAGAUUCUGCCGGAAGAAACUGAAGAAGAAAGGUCCGUCUUGGCACUACCAAGCAAACCAAAUGGACCAGAACAUAACACAGAAGUGCUCAAGGGUCGUGAUAUAUACAAUUAUGGGCUGAUACUGCUCAAUCGGAUGAACCCGGAGAAUUUUUCUAUAGGAAUUGCUCCCAACAGCGUUAUUAACAAGCGCAGGCUGUUUUCGCCAGAUGAGGACGAACAACAACCACUCGAAUGCAUGAAAGUUGAAGUGAAAGACGACUUGGUCAUUAUAAAAAAUCUGCGACAUGAAGUGUUUGGUAUUUGGAUACACACGGUGCCAGACCGCAAAAAUGUGUACGAGCUGAUCAAAUAUCUACUCGAAAGCGAGCCCAAAACCUCAUUCGCCUAA